GAAGGACCAUUUGAAUAUUUCUUUUGCAAGUUGAGGUUGUGGAUGUCUAUGAAAUAGGGCCAUACCUUUUCUGUCCUUUCCAUUUGGUCCUAAUAUGAAUCUUCCUUGUAAUUGGCAUCAAACGCGCCUACCCGGAACACCUCUUGUGUUUUAGGGGCCUUGAGAAUUUCUUAUUUAAAUAUUAAACUCCAAGAACAGUGGCACAUAGAUACCUGUGCCUGCUUCCAUGCAUAUUUAACAGCUUAUGUAUUUCUAAGCUUUCACUCUAAACUCGAUGAGAACCAGGCAAGGGAAGCGAUCUGAGGCCUUUUGGCCUUCCAUUGUGAUGAAGAAAUGGCUAAAUAUUAAGCCCAAGGCCUAUGAUUUCAGUGAAGAUGAGGUUGACACUGAGACAGAGAGUGAGGAUGAUGCUUGCUCUCUUAAGGAUGCAAGAGUACAGAUGGGUGAGGACCAUGCCUGUAGAAUGCAGAGGAACCAAUCCGUAUGCACGAAUCAAACUUCAGAGUCGAAGGGCUAUUCAUCAAGUCACAGAAGAGGAAAAUCAGAAACUCUGCGUGUUCACUACAUAAACAGAAAGGAUAUCAGGUUGACAAUUGGCACUUGGAAUGUUGCUGGAAGGCUUCCAAAUGAGGAUCUUGAGAUUGAGGAGUGGCUCUGUAUGCAAGAACCUGCAGAUAUUUACAUUCUCGGUUUCCAAGAGGUGGUUCCUUUGAAUGCUGGGAACGUACUUGGAGCAGAGGACAGUCAACCAAUUCCAAAAUGGGAGGCAAUCAUUCGUAGAACCUUGAAUAAAUCUUUUGAACCAGAAUCCGAGUACAAAAGCUAUAGUGCUCCAACCUCUCCUGUACUGAGGGCAUCUUGUGUUGCUGAUGCACUUAAAGAAGAGGUUGACAGUCCUACAUUAGAGAUGAUGAACAAUGAGACUGCAGCUCCCACUAACGGUUGUAACUUAGAAAGACACAAACUAAAUGGUAUGAUUGGCACAGGGAAGAAAUUCCAGCUAAGGAGAUUAUAUGGUGGUGACAGCGACAUUAGAUUAGACUGGCCUGAAUAUUCAUUAGAUAAAGUCCCUCAAGUUCUCUCUAAUUUGAAAUUGCGGAGAGUAUUGAGCAGCUCAGCAAGAGUUGGCUUUGGUUGGAUGGAGACUCCUAUAAAUUUUAGUCCUCAAAAGGUCACAUUGGAUGGUGGGGGGAUGAAAAGGUCAUACCGUAGCUCUGGAAACCUAGGAUUGAUCUUCAUGGAGCAGCAAGAGAGGUCUAAACUUUGUGAUUAUCUCUCUGAUGUUUCUGACAGGUCUUCUGAAGAGGAAGAUGAAUCUCUUAUUGAAAUACCUGAACAUCAAUUCAAAGAUGGAGAAAAUAAAGAUUGCAUGAAGUCACGUCAGAGCUAUGUGCGAAUAGUUAGCAAGCAGAUGGUAGGGAUAUACAUAUCAGUGUGGGUGCGAAAAAGGUUGAGGAGACAUAUAAACAACUUGAAAGUUUCUCCUGUUGGAGUCGGCCUUAUGGGCUACAUGGGAAACAAGGGAUCAGUUUCUGUUAGCAUGUCAGUUUUCCAAACUCGGAUAUGCUUUGUUUGCUCUCAUCUGACUUCUGGUCACAAGGACGGUGAUAAGCAGAGGCGUAAUUCUGAUGUUUAUGAGAUCUUAAGGCGUACCCAAUUCUCAUCUGUCAUUGAUGCUGAUCAGCCAGAGACAAUUCCUAGUCAUGACUCUUUUUUAAACAGCCAGAUAUUCUGGUUUGGGGAUUUAAACUACCGUCUCAAUAUGUUGGACGCAGAGAUAAGGAAGCUUGUUGCUAGGAAAAAGUGGGAUGAACUUAUCAACAGUGAUCAGCUGAGCAAAGAGCUAAGGAGUGGCCAUGUAUUUGAGGGAUGGAAGGAGGGGGUGAUAGACUUCCCACCCACAUACAAGUAUGAAAUCAACUCUGAUAGAUACGUCGGAGAAAACCCAAAAGAGGGAGAGAAGAAAAGAUCUCCAGCAUGGUGUGAUAGAAUACUAUGGUUAGGGAAAGGCAUAAAGCAGCUCUGUUACAAUCGAGCAGAGAUAAGAGUUUCAGAUCAUCGUCCUGUUAGUUCAAAUUUCAUGGUUGAGGUUGAAGUUUUUGACCAUCGGAAGCUUCAGAGGGCUCUCAAACCCACCGAUGCAAGAGUACACCCAGAGAUUUUCCUUGAUGAAUAGCAGAUAAUAGGGAUUAUUUCAAACAGGAUCGAGGGUGCUAACCAUUUUGACAAGCCUAGCAUAUUGAUGAUGCCCCAUUUGACAGAUGGAUUUCAAACUUCUUUAGGAUGAAGCCCUUGAAUACCAUUAUUGUCAGACAAUCAUGCACAAAAUCUUCGAUGUUUUCCACCUUUUCUAGUUGAUAACAAGGAUUUGAUGCAGUCUGAGACGGAGUGUUCAUGAGAAUUUGUAUUCCUAACAUGUGAAUUAUUUUGUGUUAAGGGGUGAAUGUAUACGGCUAUGACUAUACAAUAAAUUUUCUCCCAGGAGAGCCUUGUAACUAUUCUGUUUAGUUGGUCUAUUGAUUUUGGUUGUUGUAAAAACGUCAGGGAAACAUUCUGUGAUUAAUAUAACGUGCGAGUUUUGGUCA